CCAACUCGCCCGAGUAGACGAGCCUGGGCUGGACUCUCCGGCGCGGCAAUGGGAGCCCGCCGAGCACAGCGGAACUCCUCUCCCCGUGACGCGCUCGCCAAGUUUAUUCCAAAAGCCCGUUUUGCAGGCGAGGGUAGAGGCGGCGGCGCAACCGUCAGCCGCUUGACGAGCCCGCAGUCGGCUGGUGGCACCGGCUUCCGACGGCUCCUUCCCCGCGAGAGAAGCCUCCCGGCUUUGCCCCCUGGCGGAGGAGGGCGGCGGCGGCUGCUGCGAGCGGGCUGGCUGGGGCGUGAACCGGGAAGCGCCCGGCGCUGAGGGCAAGAGGGCGAGGAGCGCCGCGGUUUCCUCGUCCGCCACCUGGGACAGCAGUAAGACGGGGAGAUGAUGGUGCGGGCGGCCUGCAACAAUUUUAUGAAGUUAGGAGGGCUUAUCUUUGCAACUGUCUGUGCCUGGUACUUUGGAUCCCUAUUGGCAACUAUUAUACCUGAAGACUCCUUAGCAUCAGCUUUCGACGACCUUCAGAACAUUGCUGAGAAACCAAAACUUAAAGCACCACUCCCGAAAAGACUGAAAUGUGACCACUGGUCUCCAUGUUCGCCUGGGAGCUAUGCUUAUCGCAUACUCAGUGGUGGUGGUCAGAAGUCCAUCGCCAAGAUCUGUUUUGAAGAUCAGCUACUUAUGAGUAAAGAAAGUAAAAAUGUUGGAAGAGGAAUAAAUGUUGCCAUUGUGGACUAUAACACUGGGAAGCUUGUUGAUGCAAAAUCUUUUGACAUGUGGCAAGGAGCAUUCUCCAGACCACUGGCUGAUUUUGUCCAAAAAGCACCCCAGAAAUCUCUGCUCCUGAUGGUGACCUAUGAUGAUGGAAGCUCAAGGUUAAUGGAGGAUGCGAAAAAGGCAAUAGCAGAUCUAGGAAGUAAAGAAAUAAGGAAUUUGAAAUUCAGGUCAAGCUGGGCCUUUAUAGCAGCAAAAGGUUUUGAACUGCCAGCCGACACACAAAGGGAAAUGAUCAACCACUCUGAUGCGAAAAAGAAUCGAUAUAAUGGCUGGCCAGCUGAAGUCCAGAUAGAAGGCUGUAUUCCAAAAAACUAACGGUCUGGAUUCUCCAGUUAAGAUGUAUCAACAAAGGAGUGCACUGCAUUUUUACCACAUGAUCUCAGAAUGAUUUGUUUGCCAUACUUAGGAAUGUCUUUGGCCAUGAAAUUGCCCAUACUUUUCCACAAUACUAUGAGCUGAGUACAAAUGCAAGGGGAUUGUGGCUGCUUAGUUAUUCCCCGGUUCUCCUGUUCAUCUGCUGCUGUGUGUUAAGCACAUCACACAAACCCGGGCUCAUGGUUUGUCAGAGAUAUAAACCCAAGAAAAACCUUGGAUAUAACGUGGUUUGUCUGGAGCAGGACAAACCGUGAGGCCAGGUGUGGGCAACACACUGACUUUGCAAACCACUGCAGCAGAGCAGGAGCACAAUCUUCUCUCUGGGAGCUCAGCUCACACAUUCACACUUUGGGUAUGUUCACAUUAGUGGCUUAAAAUGCAGCGCGCUAGCCGUCGGGGAGGUGGGCUCAGGCUGGGCCUGGGUUCAGCCGCAUGUUUCCUCACAGCCUCCGUCUGCCCUCCUACCUCUCCUCCUUUCCCUUGGCGGUGGCAGCGCAAUGGCGGGGCAGCAGGGUCAGGGCUUCUCCUUUCCCCCUCCGUGCUCACUCCUGGGUCCCUCCGGCCCAGGAGCUCCAGAUGCGGGUGCCCCCGGCACCCACACGACAGCGGUGGCGGUGGCGGCGGUCCCAGCGACUUGGAAGCCGGCCAGGCAGCACAAGCAACACUGGCCGCCCUCAGGAGCUCCGCGGCGCCAUGCGCCAUGCUGCCUCCUUUUGAUUCUUCACCAGACACACUUGAUAAUUUAUGUUUCUCUACUGCUGGAACUGCCACCUCCGUGCCAACCGCCUAUUCAUUAAGCUGUCAUCUUUGCAUGUGCGGUGAUUGUCUCAAUUGUUCACAUUAUCACCACAUUACUUUCAUUGAAACAUCUUAAAGCCAAAUCUAGUCAUCAUGACGCUGGUAGUUUCAUGGCUUCACGGUUUUAUACUUGAAUGUAUAUGCAUCUAUUACUCUGGAAUAAAUAAAAGGAUUUAAUUUUUAAAA